GGAGACCGGACAAAUAACGUUGGCGUACAAAUAGACAUCACUAUUCAACAACAAUGGCUGCCUCUGCUGUGAGAUCUAUCGAUGAUCUCAAACAUGAUGAUAACGUUUCUCCUAAAUCAGUUUCGGAUGAAAAGAUAAAAUUUAAAGAUCCACUUUUAACAGGCCUUGAUAAAGACAGCGACGAUGAUGGGAUGGAAAGUCUUGAUCUUGAGGCAUCUGCCAAGUCAGAAGAAGGUUCAGUGUCUCGAAGCUCAAGCCUUAUCGCCAACUUUCGCCUUGAUGAUGAUUAUGAUGGUGAAACUAGAGACUUGUUUAUUGUGGUUGAUGAUCCAGAAAAACAUACCAGUACUCUAGAAGCAUAUAUAACUUUUAGAGUUACUACCAAGACUUCUAGACCAGAAUUUGAAGGUACAGAAUUCAGCGUUCGUAGGCGCUACAAUGAUUUUCUAUGGAUUCGUCAAAGACUUGAAGAGAAACAUCCCACUCAUUUAGUCCCACCUCUUCCAGAAAAACACAGCCUUAAGAGACUGGAUCGUUUUAGCACUGAAUUCCUUCGGGUGCGCCAAGCUGCUCUUCAGAAAUUUCUUACUCGACUGGCUGACCAUCCAGUUUUGUCAUUUGACAAGUGCUUCCAGAUAUUUCUCACUGCAAAAGCUUGGGAGUUUCAAGCUCAUAAAAAACAAGGAUCAGGUUUCCUAAGCAGAGUCUCUGACUCCCUCCACAACAUGUCAGCUUCCUACAUGAUGAAGAACAGGCCUCCAGAGUUUGCUGUGAUGCAUGACUACAUAACUUUACUGUCUGACAAACUUGGGGUCAUGGACAGGAUCUCCCAGAGGGUGUCCAAAGAACAAAAUGAUUACAUGGCUGAGCUUUUGGAAUGGGGCCCCUGCUACACACUGUGGGCUAACUCAGAGGACCAGCUGACUGGUGCAUUGCUCACAAUGUCAAAGGCAGUUGAUGAAUGUGUCAAGGCUGUUAAAGACUUGAUUGAUGACACAGAUUCAAGAUUUGCUCAACCCUUAAAGGAGUACCUGCUAUACUCAGAGUGUAUUAAGACUGUUCUACGAAGAAGAGAUGCUAUACAAAACCAAUAUGAUAUGGUUGUGGAUGAGCUUGGGAAACGCAAGGAAGAGAAAGAGAAUAUCAAAUGCUCAGAUCAAACCUACUCAAUUGGAGCCUUCUUGGGGAAAGAUCCAGAGGAUGUCAAACAACAGAAACAUGAAAAACUUGAGCAGCAGAUAUCUGAUCUAAUCAGGCAGAUGGAGAGUUUGAAUGACAAGACAGUGGUAGCCAAUGCUGAUUUGAAGGCUGAUAUGGAAAGAUGGCAUAAGCACAAGCAGAGAGAUUUGAGGGAAACUUUCAUGUGUAUGGCUGACUUGCAGAUUGCUUAUUAUGAAAAGUGUUUGACCAUUUGGGAAAACACCAUCAGAACAAUCCAGAACAAAGACCAUAUUCAACUACCCUCAACAGCUGCUUUAACUGAAAAUCAUGAUCCAUCCUUGCCGUAAAUAACUACAAUACUAUUCAUGCUGUGUCAAACUACAAGAUUUUUUUAAAGAUAUAAUUUAUAUAGCAGAUGUUUAAACCAAGUAGGAUGUAGUGAAGAUCAUUUUAAUUGUAACAUUCCUUUUUUUUUUAUUUGCUGUUAAUGAAUUCCAUGUGCGGCAC